UUUUACACAUAAUCAACAAUUGGCAGCGUUACAAAAAGUCAUACCAGGAUUGGAUAGAGGGGAUUCGUCAGCGUUAGUAGCGUUAAGAUUAGUUCCAUUACCGGACUUUACCGUAUAUCCUGAUGGUACUAAAAAUCAAGAUAUAAAUUAUCGUACGUUACCAUUUCGAUUAUUGCGUAUGUUGGUAUGGCCACGUGGAUAUACCAUUACCAAGCCGUCAAAAUUAUCUCCAUUCUUAAGAGUAAUAAGAAAAGAUAAGAAUGGCAUGUUAUUUGAUAAUCCUGCAAUGGAAGCUGUAAUAGAUUUUAAAUGGGGGUCUGCACGCAAUCAUUUUAUGCGUCACGCAUUGUUAUUUUUUUGUUUUGCUGGUUUAUUUUGUGUAUUGACCGGCGCUGUAAGAAAUAGUUUUGUAAAAAAAACUAUCGUUUCAGCUAAACAGGCUGAUGAUGACGUUGCUGAAGUUGUGCAAUUUAUGCAUGAAGGUGUGAGGAGAUAUGUUAGCGUUUAUAAUUUCUUUGAUUUAGCUAGUAUCAUAAUGCCUUUAGCUACAUAUACUGUUGAACUGAUAAGAGAAUCUAGAGGCGAUGUACCUCCAAAUCAAUUAAAACAGUUAACGAUUGCUAUUGCAUUUACUGUAUUGGUACUAUGGAUGGAGUUGUUCUUAUUGCUCAGAUAUUUCUCAGGAACAGGAAAUUUUAUUUAUAUAAUUAUAAAUAUUAUGCGGAACGUCUGGCCUUUCAUCGCGUUCAUGGGUAUUGUGGUAUUUGCACACGGGCAUGCAAUGUAUUUAUUGCUUCGUAAUCCAGAUGGGAUAGACGUCAAACCGAAUGGAUCACAGUUUACUGUCACGGAUCUAAAUGGAGUUCCCCAAAAUCAAUUAAUCUCACAAUCUUUUAAUUUAAGCGAUCCUACAGAUAAUUAUUUUGCAAAUUUUGGUCAAUCCGUAGCAGCCGUUUAUUUCUGGAUAAAUGGACGUUGGGAUCAAUUAGAACAAUGGGAUUUUUGGCCAGUCGGUCUAUUGAGUUUUAUAGCUAGUGUUUUGUUGGUUAUUGUUAUGCAAAAUAUGCUAAUAGCAUUUAUGUCGGGCGUUUUUGAUGAGGCUAAAUCGGACGGUAGAUUAGCUGUGUUGAAAUAUCGAGCCGAAUUAAUUGCUGAUUACGAAACAUUAGAAAAACCAUUUGGUGAUUCAAAAGGAAAUCCACGGCAUAUAUUCUAUAUAAGUGAUACAAAUAAGAUCUCCAAGUGGUUAAGAAAGUGUCAAGAAUACUUGUCAUUAAGAGCUUCAAUUAGAUUCAAUGAAUUUAAAUAUCAUAAUGUUGAUAAGGGAAGUAGCAGUGGAGAUGCUAAAGAAUGGGAUAUCACUGGAUUGGAUGUUGAUAGUUAUAAACAAAAGAAUAUUGAACGAAUGAAUCGAAAAAGUGGCAUUGAAUUUUAUAGUAGUUGGAAGUCGAGUUCUAGUGAUCACAAAGGAUUAAUUUCUGGCAAAACUUCUAAUGGAUCAAUUGAUGAUAGGAAUAUUCAAAAUAAGAAAGUGUUCUUUAAAGAUAAUAUAAGAAGGUCGUCUUCUAUUGAUGAUGGUUUAUCUACGGUCGCAAGUCCGCGUGCAUAUGAAAUUUCAUCCAUUAAUGAAGAUGUGAAUAGUAUUCAUGGUGAAAUCUCGACAUUAAAAAAUUCUGUGAAAUCCGUUGAAGGUUCUAUUGACAAUAGGUUAAAUUCAUUGGAAGGUAAAUUAGUUGAAAUGAUGGAUUUAUUGAAUAAAUUAACUACUGCUAAUAAUUUAAAUAGUUCCGGUGAUAUAAGUUCAGGAACUGGAAAUAUAUAG